GACAUAAACGAAAAGAGCAGAUAACGUCAACAUACUUGGGUCAACUGAUAUCUAGUUACAGAGGCCUGAAGAAGAAUCUACUUUCGGUUUAUAUAGUCGCUCAGUUUCCCAGGUUCGACGUUUCAGUUUGUAUCUGUGAUAGGUGCAGCUGUGGGUCCUAAGAAUCUUUAAUACAUAACAGUCUUCUGGCACAAACGGAAUUCAGUUGAAUGCAUGGCGUCCUUUACACUCGAAGGCGUAUUUGCCUACGUGACGGAAACAUUCACUGCCGGUGUGAUUCAGUCUUAUCAGGGACAAAGUUUUCUCGAAGAUGCUCCGCUGAUACAAGGAAGGGACCCUUUGGAGGAUUUCAGAAACUUUGAUAAUGUCGAUAAUGAUACAAUUUUUCAGGAGUACGAUCCACCGCCAGGAGACGACAGUAACAUGGGCUGGAGGAGAUCUCGGCCGCCAAGAUGGUGGAUGUCGCUUUGGAAGGCCGUGAAAUGUGUUUUCUUUAUUCAAAUUAUAGGAGGUUUAGCUCUCGGCUCGCUGGCUCUAUUGAUUUUAGUUUUGGAUUUUAAUUCUGUUGAUCUUUGCUACGAUAGGCAGUUACAUGGUCACUGGAACUCGUUACCUCAUAAGAUUCAAGCUAUUAUUGUGACAGCCGAGACAGUGGAAGCAUAUAUAAUCCAGAUGUGGUCAUUUCUUCUGAUAAUCACAAUGUUUGGCUGGCCAUUAGUGAAAAGACUUAAUCUAUUAGUUCUAAAUCUACUGGGAGCAUUCUUCGAUACCUGUUACAGGCUGUACCUCCAAGUCUUUGGAAUAUACAAGAAGUCAUGGAUGUCUUUUCCUUUAAACGCUUUAUUUCUAGCUAUGGUUCUGAUGAACUCUGUUCUAGUGGGAAGAGAAAUUGUUAAAAGAACGGCCAGGGAUCGAAGAAGAAAACUUAGAAAAAUCCUCAAGGUUUCUUCUAUACUCGCAGCACAAUUGGCAUUUGGGAUUCCUAUCGCUUUAGUUCUUGUUUACGUAUUAAUUCCAUCAUACGAUCAGCAGAAUGAGACGAACAGGGCGGUUAUAGCUGGCGCACUUCCUUUGGUGACCGCUGUACCGAAGGUCAUCGUCCGAUUGGCGGCCCAAAGGAUCGAUUUUCUCCAUCCCGGCGACUCCCAUAUCCUAUUGAAUGUUCUAUACAGCGUAUUUGCGAUCGUUUUUCGCGUCAUGCAAGCAGAACUGACGAGUCUUCAACUGUUCAUUGCUCUGAGCUUUGUUCACGGUGCAAUCGACUUACUGGAAAGAUUGACCAUUGUUGUGCGGGAUUAUCUUUGGUAUUUUAUCUACAAAAAGUGUAAAGGUGACGCGAAUGCUGAAGAUGCGUUAAGGGCGGACAGAUUUCGAACGCCCAGAAGCAUGCGUCUUAUUGCAGACAUGAGCAUUCAGACGAUUCUCGGAGAAUCGACUGCGUUGAUAGCAGCGGUUGGCUUCACCCAGCUGUAUAGCCUCAUGUACAACAAUAAUAGUCUGGCCUUCUCUGACCUGGGUUUGGUUGGGGAGUUCUUCAUCCGCGUGUCCAUUGCACUCACCAUCGAUUUCGUUUUCAAUUCGUUCUCAUUUUGGCUACAAAUGUCAUAUCUUAAUGUUGCUGUAGUGAAAGUGUGGAAGAAGAAAUGGCGAAAACAUAUGCUUGUGGGUCUGAUUUUGACCUCCGUGACACUCUGUUACUUUACAACUCAUUUGUUCGCAGUUGUAAAAGGCAAACAUACGUCUGCCGCUAGAAUGCGUCAUUUUAAUUGCACCGGGCCAUUUUCAAGAUUUUAGCUGGAACAGAGCAUGGUGUUACGGGAAAAUUUACUGAUUUUUACAUGUGUUUGAUUGGAACAUAUUUACUCAUAAAACUUUUCAUAUUUAACCAUUUCCAAUUUAAUCGAGUUCAUUCAAGUUCUUUCAUUCUAAUAUGUCAAAAAAUAUAUAUAAAAAGCCAUAGUAGUUGUAGAAUAGUAAACUGUUAUUUCUGGCGUUUGAGUGACAUGGGAACAAAUUAGUCAGAAAUUAAUAUUCUGCUGGCACGCUGGAGAGGUUUGUAUGGCAUCAUGGAAGUUUUGGAUUAUUUAAGGGUUUCGCUAGAAAAUUAAGACAUUCUAAAU